AUGUCUGCAGACAAACGCAAAACGUUUUCCAUUAAAGACAACGUACGGGAGGCCAAACACCCGAAGGUGGAGAACGCGCUCGUCAUGUGGUUGAGCCAAAUGGACACCACUUCCAGACACAAAGUCACGUGCGAUGAGAUCAUAGCGAAGGCUCAAGAGUUUGCCGACAGUAUGGGUAUUGACUUUAAGCCAACCAAUGGUUAUCUCAAUGGAUUCAAGAGACGGCACGGACUGGAGCUCGACCUCAAACAGCGCGGCGUCGAUACGGCCAGUGAUUGGUCGCAACAGUUGAGUCAACAGACCAGCAAUUAUCUGCCCGAAGAGAUCUAUAUAUUGUCCGAAACGGCCCUCUUUUAUCGGGCGCUACCGUUUCGGACUAAUCCUCAUAUUAUUGGUCCGCUCUCUGCGAAGAAACUAAAGACACCGAAAGAUCGGUUGACUCUCGUGUUGGUGACGAAUGCCGACGGAAGCGAUCGGAUGUGUUCACUGAUUGGCAAAACCAAUAACCCGAGAGGUCUCAAGAGUAUGACUGACUGCGAAUUGGAUUAUUACUCUCAACCAAACGCCAGAAUCGAUGCCACCAUUUAUAAGAAGAUUAUUUGCCAAUUGAAUACCAAAAUGAAAGAAUUGAAUAAAAGAAUUGUAUUAUUUGUGAACAAAUCGCGAUCUCAUUGCCAACAACUGGUCUUAUCUAACAUUAGUUUUAAGUACUUUCCGGCAAAUGUUGAGAUUCCGCCCAUCGCCCGCGAAGACUAUUCAGUUCUUUGGGAACAAUUGAAAAUUCUUGUCUCUGAUCUUAAAUACGAUUCGUUUGACGAUUUUGUGGCCAUCGAUGACGACGAGAGCGUCGAAUUGGAAAAUGAAUUGUCUGAUCAGCACAUUAUAGAUCUCGUUAUCAAUACUUCAGACCGCGAAUCAGAGAAAUCGCGUAAAACUAAUGAGAAUCAGAAUGUCAUCAAAAAGUCUGCAAUCAAUUGUGCGGCAAAUCUGGUCAAAGGUCUGAGUUGUGAGCGACAAAAUCUGAUCGAAUUGGGAGCAAAGAUAUGUAGUGUCUUAACGCCAGACCUAAGGCAUGUGCUCGCGUCCGCAAUUACCGGCGAAUUGAUCGACAAAAGCAAGAAUAGCGACCACUCGGACGACGAAGACAUUGGAUACGAGCGACGGAGUCGUAAACGCAAAGCAACGCAAUCCGCACACAAUUCACAGCUAUCGCUGACACGAGUGGAUGGGCCAGAAUCGGCGCACCCGUGGCAACUCAUCACCUUUCAGUAGUCACUACCACUUCAAUACAUCCGACAAAUUAUUAUUUUCAUUA